UGUCACUCUCAACUGCCAGUUGUCACUGUUGUCAGUCUCUAACGCUAACCUACAACCGGCUGUCUACUUUGAAGAAAUUGUAAAAUCACUAAUUUCUAUCAAAAAUGGCUUAUAAACCACAGAAAGUACAAAAGGUGAUGGUACAGCCCAUCAACCUGAUCUUCAGAUACCUUCAGAAUCGUUCCAGAGUACAAGUGUGGCUGUACGAAAACAUAAACCUGAGAAUCGAGGGGCACAUCGUAGGAUUUGACGAGUACAUGAACCUUGUUCUGGACGACGCAGAGGAGUAUUACGUGAAAACGAAAAAUAGACGGCAGCUGGGGCGCAUAAUGCUGAAAGGAGACAAUAUCACAGUUAUACAGAAUGUUAAACCAGACGCAAAUUGAAUAAUGACCCGUAGUUUUAAGUUUACAUGCUGGACAGUUGUGGUGUGAUUUCUGAAUGAAACUCUGAUGACUGUAUAAAUAGGUUUAAAUGAUCAAUUCAAUAUAACUCAAUUUUUUGUA